UGGCUUAAAAGAAAGAAAAACUAGAAAAUCCAAUUGCGUUUUGGAAAAACCACCUUUGGGACUUGCCAGGAAAACCUCAGGGAUCAAACCAGGUAGUUGCCAGAAGUCAAAAACUGGCCAGAAGGCAUGCAGGCAUGCAUGCAUGGAAGGUCCUUGUCUUCCAUCUCAGCGACAACGAAGAAUAACACGAUCCGUGUCGUUUCGGUUCUGUGUGAAGCCAGCCGGGGAGCCGAUGCCCGUGUUGCUGGCGACGGAUGACCUGCAGUGUUCCAUCUGCCUGGAACUGCUCAGCAACCCGGCCACGGUGCAAUGCGGCCACAGCUUCUGCCUGCACUGCAUCCGAAAAUGGGUCGCAGAGGGCCAGCCGGAAUGUCCCAACUGCAAGCGUCGGGUGCCCGACAAGUUGCCCGAGCGCACCGUCUUGCUGAACUUGAUCCUGGAAAGAUAUAACUGCCUAGCCUCCGGCGACCCACUUCCCACAGAAAACUCGCGCCUGGCGGAGCCGGGCUUCCCAGACAGGGCGAGAGGCAAGCGGGACGUCUCCCUUCCCAGGCGCGGUUUCCAGGAUUAUAUGUUUCAAACCAGAAGCUCUAUUUCAAAAGCCUUCAGUUUUAUGAAAAAGUGCAUUUGUGAUCAAGAGAAAAUAGUGCUAAGGAUCAUUGAAGAAGAAUGGAAUGUGGCUGAACAAAUAACAGACAAGCAGAUCAAUGGAAAAAAUCCCAUUUUGGAUUUGCAGAAUACAUCUGAAGAAGUUAUGAUGAAAAUGUCAUCAGGACAAGAAGAUUAUAUUGGCGAUCCCAUUCAGAAGAUCAGCAAUAUUGCCAGUGCUGUUGAAGAGUUAAGGAGACAACUGGAAGCAGCAAUUUUGAGGAAUUUCCCAGCGCAGCCAUCUCAGAAGCCUUCUCCAGGAACCAGCAACAAUAGUGAAGCUGCAGCUGAUGGAGCAAAAGAAAUGUUCCUUUCCAUUGAUUCCUUCCCAAGGAAUGAUUCCGUGCAGGAAGCAAGCAGCUCUUCAUCAGCAGCGCCAUCUCCUAGUGACAGAGAAUUGCCGAUGAUUUCAAGUAGUUUUUCUCAGUGGAUGUCCAUCGUUACAUUUGAUGAUGAAACAGUUGGUUGCAGCCUUGAGAUCACAGGCAAUAAAAGGAAAGUGAGAGUGUCUCGUAGUCGCAAACAAUAUGAACGCUCCCCGAAGAGAUUUUGCAACGGUCAAGUGCUGGGCUCUCCGGGUUUCUCUGAAGGCCGCCAUUACUGGGAAGUCAACAGCAAGGGAUCUUCUGUAUGGGCCAUUGGUGUUGCCAGUGGGGACAUUGGCACAAAGGACCGACUAGGAAGAAAUGAAUUAUCCUGGUGCCUAGAAUUCAAUAAACAUACCUCGGCAUGGCACAACAGUCAACAAACCAAAAUUGAUGAAAAUAGGCCUUUGCGGGUUGGAGUUUUCCUUGACUUUCCAACAAAAACAUUGUCUUUUUAUUCUCUCACUGAUAAAGAAACAUGUUUACACAAGUUUGAAAUCAACGCAGCAAAUCCAGUUUACCCUGCUUUUUGGAUUGCUAGCUUGAAUAUUGGUGAGAGUUUAACUAUAAAUGAUGUUAAUAGGCAUUAAUUUUACGCCACAAUUGUAUAUUGUAUAUUGUCUUAAUAAGCAUUUGCCCUCUAAAGACUCUUUUAAGAUUCUGAUGUUUUGCUGCUUGAAUUAUGAAGUGCUUCAUCUUUUCUGGCUUUCGGAAUGGAAAUGAGUCUUACACAGGGUGAGCAUGUUGGAAGCUUGCACUCUCAUUGGACGGAGGUUAGAAGGUGCACAGUUUCAAAAGAAAGUUUGGGUUCGGGGUGCAUAAAUACAGUCUGUCAACUACCAUGAUCCCUGCAUAGCCAGUUGCAGAUUGCCCUUCACACACAAUACUUCGUUCAGCAUCCAUUCAAAGUUAUGGCACUGCUGAGCAGAGGAUUUACGACUGGUGCUCAAAGUUAUGACCAUAGCAGCACCCCUAUGGUCAUGUGAUCAUGAUCUGGGCACUUAGCAAUCCAUUUGAGCUAAUGACCAACUUGCCAACUAUCCCGUGUUCAUGUGUUUGCUAUAUGGAACGUUCCCUGCCAGCUUCCCCACAAAGUCAAUGAGGAAACCAGCAGGGUUUGCUAGAAGUCAUUGGUGCAAGUCUCCCCAUCCAUGCUUCCUCUCCACCCCGUCUGCGCUUGUGCCAUUAGGGCCACUUGCACAUCUCCCAUGAACCCUUCCUGACCUACGUUCCACCUCUAUGCACUCUUUGAUCCACACGGCACUUCUUGCACAUCCAUUCCAAGCUGUGUUGCACCCUUGUGCAUCCUUUCCAACCCAUGUCGCACCACUAUGUAGCCUUCCCAACCUACGCCACAACUUGCACACCUUUCCUGACUGACACUGCACUCCAUAUCCUUUCUGACCUUCAUGACCAUGUACACUCCCCGAUCUACCUGCCUCUUGUGUACCUACCCAUCCUAUAUUGCACCCCAUCCAUCCUCCCUCGCCCACCUUGCACCUUUGGCACACUCUGUACAUCCUUCUCGAGUCAUGCUGCAAGCCCAUGCAUCCUAUCAGACAAGCACCCUCGCAUUCUUCCCAACCAACAUCACACCUCCAUGAACUUUCCCCAUAAUGUCUCAUACAUCCCUGCUCACCUGGCCCUCACUAUACUCCUGUAUGCUCUUAUAUAGUAUCCUGUGUCCCCACAGACCUUUUCCAAGCUGGCAUGCCUCCACGCACCCUCUCCAACCUGCACAGCACCUCUCACAUGCUCCCUCCCUCAUCCAGAAAAAAACACUUAUUUGCUGGUCUGAGACUUAGAACCUCCUGCUGGAUUCCCUACUGACUUUGGUUGUAGGAAGCCAGCAAGAAGUUGCCUCGCCUCACAAUCGUGGGGUACAGUUAACAAAAGCAACCAGGAUUACAGGGAUACAGUUGCCUUUUUGACUGCAUUGCUUAGUGCUGAAAAUUCAGAUCCCAAUUGUUAUUAUAAGUUGAGGACUACCUAUCGCACAUUCAAAUGACUUUAUCCUAGUACUAGUAUCAUGGUUGACAAUGGGACAUACUGGAACUUGGUGGUAAACACUUAGUGGUAAACAGUUAUCUAUGAAAAUGGGUGGAAAAAUCAGGCUGUUCGAUGUCAUCUAAAUUUUACACAUAAUAUGUAUGUAGUGUUACUACUAGAUCUGUACUAUAUAGUAUCCAGUAUGGUCUAGAUUUUAAUACUUUACAAUCUUAUACUUCCAGUAAUUUAUGGAUGUCAUCAUUUUUUUCAAAUUACUUCCAGUGCUGUAUUCCCUAGUUUCCUGUCCUUUUGUAAAAACAAUAACCUCACUAUUGUUAGAGGGCCAGCAGGUAAACCAAUAAUUAAAAUUCUCCAGCAAUGAGUUCUAGUUUUUAAUCACAACAUAAUUGAGAAUCCGUAGAACAUAGUUUUGAAGGUAAUAAAAAAGUAGAGAGACUAAGGGGACACCAAUUCUCCUCUAAUCAUGAAAUUCAGAGAUUAAUUUUUCCUAUUAUUUACAUUCAACCCAGGUACUGUUUAGGAUAGAAAGGGGUUCCACGUGUGACAUUUGAUGAAAAUCAGAAUAGAAGCAUUAUGAUAAAAAAACAAUGUGGGGGAUAUUGAGCAGACUUAGCAUUAUAUAUUUGCAAAUGAAUACACUUCAGAGUCAAUUAUUUCAGAAUAUAGGAGGAGUUAUUGAAGUAUUUUAAAAAUAAAUGGACCCAUAACUUGAUAACAAUGACAAAGUAAAAAUUAGAAAAGUAAAAAUAACAAAUUUCUGGAAGAACCCUCACAUGUGGUACUUUGUUCAGUCCUGGAACUCAUAUCAAGAAAUUCAGUAAGAACUUUAGAGGAAUAGAAGUGGAUGUGAAUAAAUAAAACAAUACUGUGUCACUUUCAUCCUACAUUCUCUAUAUAUUUCAAAGUAGCCAGCUUACAAACAUAUUUUUGCUUGAUUAGUAAAGUUGCAUUAUUUAUAGUUAUGGUUUAGUUGUAUGUUUUUUAAAGGUAUAUAAUCACUUCGUUAUAUACAUCCAGCAAUAAAACCUGGGUUC